ACGGAUAGACAGCAGUGCAGAGACAGAGCCUCAAACAACUGGCCAGUAGAGCUGAAAGUGCGUCGUUUUGCACUGAGUUUUCGGGAUUGUUUUAAAAGAAAAAGAAACGGCAUAAUUUCCCACAGGACUGAUAUUUCCUUCUUUUUUUCGUGUGUUUUUUUAAACUAGAAAUGAAUCAAUAAGUAUUACGAAAUUCAAGACCAAAAUGUUGGAAAGCAGGAGAAACGUUCGUAUUUAGUCGGGACUUGCAUCUACAAUUUCAGCGAUACUCUGUGUGCAUUAUGGAUUGGCACCCAUCAGGGUCUAGAAAGGAUGCCAGCGGUAGUCUGCAGCUUCGCUUCAACAGCAGCGACCACCGGAGAGAAUUUAGUUUUUUCGGCAGCUCAAACGAAAUGGUCCGCUGUGAGAAUGUGGCACUUAAGGUGCUCAGUCGUCAGCACUGUGGAUACUUCAACACGGGUCUUAACAAACGGUCACAUCAGGUUGCAUUUCGAGAGGUUCCACAGUACUUGUCUUUCUGUCUGAAGGAGAUCGUUCCAUGUUGCUAUUUGAAGGGUCACGUAUUUAUGGGUCUUUCGGCGUGCGGCCAAUUUUUGCUCAGCUACAAGGUGGCUUACGAUUACGACGAUGAGCUGACGCAUGAAUAUAACUUCUCGUCUAACUAUAAAUAUGAAUUGUACUUUUGGAUCUAUCGACCGCACUUCCUGCUGAGCAAGUACUUUCAGGUUUGUCUCUUCGAUGAUCACGGGGUAGAUGGUAUCAAGACCGUGACAAUAACGCAGUGGAAAACUGAUCAGCAACUUUUGAUUGUUCACGGCGCUAGUGAGAAGGAUGAUUUUGAUUCCUACGUUACUGUCGUCCGGGUGCCGAAGCUGGGAUGCCUGGAUUGUAAGAAAAUACGAGAUGCCGAUGAGGAAGAUGGAAACCGUCAGGAUAUUCUCUGUAUCAAGUGUAACAUGACAAUUCACACCAAAUACCGCAACUCGGACUCAGGACCGAAGUUUAAUCCUCGUUUCAACUUAAACUGCCCGGGCUAUAUUAUUAUGAGCGAAAACAGCUUUAUCCACACGAUUAAUAUUCAGCUUAACAUGGAACGCUGCUUGCCGAGGCGGCCAUCAGGAGUAAUUAGCAGUAAAUAUAUAUCCAAAAGGCAACCGGAAAACGAAGCGAGUAGACUUGCGGUGACAGUUCCGUUGUCCAGUCCAGUUAUUACUGCAACGCUGCCGGCAGCACCAAAACCGUCGACAAGUGGUGCGUUACCACUCCCACCAGCGCCACAGGAAGCAGCUCUUAGUAUUGCCGAUCAGAUAAUAGCGGACUUCGCUGAGUAUGAGACUGAAUCUUUCGAAUCGGGUCGCUGUUCGCAACCGCUCUCCCCGAGGUAUCAUCGUACCACCAGUAGAUUGUCUUCAAAUGCGUCACAUUCUUCGCCACUGACUGCUCACUAUCCGGAGAAUUUAGACGAACUUGUCAUAGUCUGUGAUCGUCGCACAACUACCGGAAUCGGAGGGCUUCCCGCACGAACUUCGAUGCUUACACGGGGAGCUGCCGCCCGACUCGAAUCCCUUUCACCCUCAUCCAACGUUCGGUUGCUCAAUCAUCGCAAUCAUACCAAUAUAGAACUAAGACUUGUUUCUCCAGAAGCGGGUGGACAGAAACCAAUCGCUGGUCCUUCAACUGCUGGUGCUUCCAUGUGCAUCGUCGAUGCCAAAAGCAAUGCUCAAGCCCAAACCUUCUCUGCCUCUGAUCUGAAGCAGGAAGCGACUGGGUCAUCUUCUAGUUCCUCUUUGUCGUCUUUCGGACGGUCUCCCCUACGAAGACGCUCGUAUCUCUCUACUAGAGUGACUGAAUCUAAUGUUCCUACCAAUAGUAAUGAACCAGGCGGUGAAAAUGUUCCCGCUGACGUCGCAUCCAGGGCCUAUGAAUUCUCCGAAGACAACGAACGCUGUGAAAAAAUAAGCACCUUCCGAAAGCGCCGUUUGGCGGACAAGAAGUACGAAUUCUCCGAGGACAGUAGCCACGGUGACAAUGUGAUAGUUCCCUUCAAUAGAUUACGCAGCCAAAUCCGCACACGUUCCGCUAGUCAAAAUUUGCUGUGCAGUCCAUCGCAUCCGGUUGGCUACGAAAUGACAACCCACCUGCAUCGGGCCUCUCCGAAUCAUGGCUUUCGGUCGCCUUGUGGCUCACCGGUUGGCAAUCGUUACCUUCGCUCACCACCGGGAAUCAGAUCGCCAAACUAUUACCGUCAUCAUUCUCCAGUGGCAAUCUCCACGACCACCGGAACGCCCAGCAAUCGCCAACCAUCGGCCGCUCAGCUGAUCAAAAUGCCUAACUUUGAUCCGAAAGAUUACAUUUACGCUAACGGUGGUAUUGGUACUGCCCUCGGGGAUGAUAUUCCUAAGUUUUUCAUCGAUGCCAUUCAGAAAUUCAACGAAAAAAAGCUCCAAUCGGAUGUUGGGGGCAACGAUGAAAACGUGAACUCGGACAAUUUGCUGCCACCGAAGUUUUGUCCCCAGCAAGAGCUGAAACCAGAGAAGCCAGCUUGCUCGAAGAAGAUCGUCAAAAUUUAUGUCGAGGAGGACGACGCUAACUCGGUGCUAACCACCGAGGAUGAUGACUGCAUUUCUCCCGGCUACCAUACCUCGCUGCCGAUGGAAGUGCACGGUUCCUGCUAUUCGAACAUGCAGAUUAUCACGCCGGCCUCGUUCAGCAAGUUAAACUGUCCGGCCGUCGUAGUGACGCAGAACUCGUUCGACAUGGAGACGUUCUCGUUUCACGUAGCCAACCACAUCUGCACGAAAAACGGGAAAAAGUACGGCAUUCUGUUUGAUUCGGCCUACGAGUUGACACACGUUUGCCCGCUAACAGAAACCAUCACCUGUACCAUGGUGCUGCAGUUCACGGCGAGUGAUACGAACAAGCUGAAACAGUGCCACAACUGUUCCACCUCGAUCGAUUGCCACACACACCGGAAGAUCUACCAGUGCCGGUCGCUGUUCGUUUGGAAUAUGACUUCCGGAGAGUGGCACGUGCUGGACUACGGUACACUCGCUGCCGGGCCCUAUCUGGAACUCAAGAAGCUCGCAUCCAACUACAGCCGUUUACUGGGAAAACUUCGCAAGUUCACGCGUAAGCUGUUCGCUUCGUCUGCAGAUGAACGCGACACGCUGCGAACGUAUGACUUCCUGAAUCACCUGCGAAUACUUGAUUCGAACAACGAGAAAACUAAGCAGCGAUUGAGUGAUCUGCAGCACGCCAUUGAGUUCUAUCGGAAGCAGCUUCAUGAUCCCGGCGAUAGUGAUGAUAGCGAUGACGAUGACGAUGACGAUGAUGAGGAGGAUGACAACGAUUCCGUCAGUUCGGUUGGCUCGGAUAGGAAUGACGCAAAUACGGUAGUGGGAGAUACGCUUACUUCGGACACGGUUAGUGAAGAGGAUGAUAUUUAAAUCUGGACUGCAAAGAUGAAUUCCUCUACUUUAGCUAGGAACAUAUUUUUUUAAAUUAUACUUUGGAUUUGUACAGUGAUAUUCAAUGUGCGUUCAUAAUUGUGUAUUUCUCACUCAAAGAAAGAUUAUACAUAGUUAAGGUGCGAUUGAACAAGAAAAAUCAACCAGUUGAAUCAGAUUUUUCUCCGGUUCAGAUAUUUGCAUACUAUAAACCCGAUCAAAAUAAACUUGUUUCCACCUAGGUGGAAAAGAGGCGGAUUACUUCUCUAUUGCGUGGCAGGCAACAUUAUACUACUCUACACAAUAAAAUGUGACUACAAAUGCAGAUGGAAGCAAGCUAUUGUAGAAA